CAUCACGUGCAUGUUGUUUACCUUCGUACGCUCCGAAGCAUUGAAGGACGAAGCUAUCCCUCACGAUGAACAUAAACUGCUUGACCGUUACAAGCUUCAUGAUGCUGUUACGGCUGGGUUGAAACCGUUCGCUCAAUGGCCGCAUCACGGGGGUUUGCUGGUUCCCAAAUGUGACAGGUUGUUCGUUACGAAGGAUCGGUAUAUGGAUGUUCCUAUCAAGGGCAAACGCUUCUUCCUCGCAAUGAACGCCUACAACAACGGCAGAGUCCUCCCCACCAUCUUCCGCGAAAUGAUCGACCUCGUCGCAAUCCUCACAAACCGCGGCGCCGACUCCGUCUUCGUAUCUAUCGUCGAGAACGGAAGUGAGGACGAAGGACCAGCCAUGCUCGCAGCGUUUAGGGGUUUGCUGGAUGACUUCGAGAUCCCGAACCUCAUCAUCACCGACUCCACUCCCACUGACUGGUUCAACGUUAAUCGGAUUGUUCAGUUGGCAGCUCAUCGCAACAAAGCUUUGGAACCGAUGUAUAAUGCCGAGAAAUCUUAUGACCGCGUCAUUUUCUACAACGACGUCUUCCACUGUUCUGAAGAAGUCAUGGAACUCCUUUACCAACUUGAAACCCAAGGGGCAGAUAUGGUUUGUCCCCUCGAUUGGUGGGAAGAGCGUAAGGCAGUCAGUACACCGUAUCCGCUGAUCUGGGAUAUGUGGGUCAUGCGAACUAUGCAAGGACAAAUGUGCUACCCAAUGUGGGAACGAUACUCCUUCUCAAAGGACCCUGAUCUUCUGUUCCGGGAUGAUCCUAUCACUCAAUGGCGAUUCCGUGAACGCCGUCCAUUCCAAGUGUUUUCCUGCUGGAACGGACUUGUCGUCAUGGACGCCGCGCCCUUCUAUGAGCAUGACGGUGUUGACCCCGUGCGGUUUAGAGCGGGCAAUGUGAGCGCGGGGGAGUGUCAGGCGAGUGAAUGCGAACUCGUCUGCCGUGACUUCUGGUCCCACGGCUUCGGAAAAAUUGCCGUCAUUCCCCGCGUAGGUGUCUGGUACGACCUCCAACCUUACCUCGAUAUGCGCUCCCUUCCCGUCGAGCGAAUCGAAGACACGGGCGUCUUCCCCCACGAACUCCCCAUUGCCAACAAACUUAAGGAGGAAGGAGGACAUCCGCUCUGGGAUGGGAGGGAGUGGUUUGGGAAGCCGUUCCCGCCGAAGGAUGUGGAGAAGAUUUGGUGGAUGAAGAAGCCACCACAGACGAGUUGGUGUUUGCCGCAUCAAGGGGGGGUUGGGGGAAAGGAUUGGGAUACGUGGAGGAAUGCCUAUUUGGAUGAGAUGGUGGAGUUAGAUCAUUUGCGUUGAUGUCGAUGAUCUUGGAGACACGAAGGUGUGUGAUCGACCGUAUAUGAUGGAAACAAGCGCUUUGGGGCGAACGUGGUUAUCGAGUAUGCG